CUUCACCAUGGCCACCACAGCGCGCUGACAGCCCAUGGAGAGUCGGGGGGUGCCUCCCAGGCUCUACCAGGCCACCAAGCUGUGGGAUGAAGUGACUACAUCUUUGCAAACAGGAAUGCCCCUGAGAAAACACAGGCAACACUUUAAAAAAUAUGGCACAUGCUUCACAGCUGGAGAAGCUAUAGAUAGGUUUUCUGAUCUAUUAAGAAAUAAUAGCAAUUCUGGCCCAGAAGUUGCAAGGCAACAGACUAUUCAACUAUUGAGAAAAUUUCUUAAAAAUCAUGUAAUUGAAGAUAUUAAAGGCAGAUGGGGGUUGGAAAAUCCUGAUGACAAUAAUCAGUUAUUCAGAUUUCCUGCAACUUCUCCACUUAAAACACUUCCACGAAGGCAUCCAGAAAUGAGAAAAAACAGCAUUAACAGUUUUUUCAAAGAUAAAGAGAAUGCUUUGAAAUUACAAAAUUUGUCUCGUAGAACUCCCAAGACGCAUGGAUUACAUUUCUCUCAGGAAACUACAGAGAAAGUAAAUCAUGAAAUCAGAGAAGUUAAAGAAAGCUAAGGAGAUUAUAGAGAAAUAAGCCAGGAAGAUGUUGAAGAAGUUUGGAGAUACGUUAUUCUGAUCUACCUGCAAACCAUUUUAUGUGUGCUGUUCCUAGAAGAACUCAUAGAGCCAAGCCAAGUAAUUCCUCAGUAUGCGAUGUAUAACAUGGCCAACACAAGUAGGCGUGGAGUAGUUACACUUCAGCACAAAUCACAUGACCUGCCUCACUGGGUACUAUCUGCCAUGAAGUGCCUGGCAAAUUGGCCAAGAAGUGAUGAUAUGAGUAACCCGACUUAUGUUGGAUUUGAGCAAGAUGUGUUCAGAACUGCAGAUUAUUUUCUUGAUCUCCCUGAACCUCUACUUACAGAUGAAUAUUAUGAAUUAUUUGUGAGCAUUUUGGGUUUGCUGCAGCCUCAUUUGGAGAGAGUUGCCAUCAAUACCCUGCAGUUAUGUUGUUUGUUACUUCCCUUGCCAAAUUGUAGAAAGCUUCAACUUUGAAUGCUCAUGAUUUCUCGAAUGAGUCAAAACGUUGAUAUGCCCAAACUUCAUGAUGCAAUGGGUACAAGGGCUCUGAUGACCCACACCUUUUCUCGGUGUGUGCUGUGUUGUGCUGAAGAAGUGGACCUGGAUGAACUGCUUGCUGUGAGACUGGUCUCCUUCCUCAUGGAUCAUCAUCAGGAGAUCCUUCAAGUGCCCUCAUACUCACAGACUGCCGUGGAGAAACAACUGGACUGCUUAAAAAAAGGCCGUAUUACAAGUCCUGGGGAUGGACUCACUGUUCCUUUGCUAACUUACUCUUACUGUAAACAGAUCAGUGCACAGGAGUGUGAUGAACAAAAUGUUUUUACCUCUCAAGCUGCCAUUGCAGAACUUCUAGAGAAUAUCAUUAAAAAUAAGAGUUUACCUCUGAAGGAGAAAAGAAGAAAACUAAAGCAGUUUCAGAAGGAACAGCCCUUGAUAUAUAAGAAGAGAUUCCCAACCACAGAGAGUGAAGCAGCACUUUUUAGUGACAAACUACCCAAACAGCCAGUGCUGAUUUUAAGAAAACCAAAGCUUUGUAGUCUAAGGUACUGA